AUGCGCGGAGCCAUUCAAGCUGCUACCAAACGAGAAGCAACUGCCACUGGUUCACAUAAAUCCAGACUUUAUUUGGAUGAGUUUUUAUUUAAACAUGAUCGGAAAGUAUCAGUGGUAUUAGGUGCCAUCACUUUAAUACACGAAUACACACAUGCCAUGCGCAAUCCGCAACAAAGCCGUGAUAAAACUCCGCCACUCCAAUGUUUUAUUUCAUAUUUAUCUGAACAAUUUGAUGGUGGUUCUUUCCUUGAAAGGCAUUUGUUUGGUGGAGAGUUUCUUGGUAAACCUGGACAAAUUAUAUUACAAAUAGCACCAACCAAAAGUGUUCCUGUGCCGAUUGUUCUAUUAGAAAACUUUUACGACACACUAGAUUUGGAUGUGUUCGAAAACUAUAUACAAAAUAUACCUUAA